AUGGUUGACCCGUUGUGGUGCCGAGUUACCUUGUCGUCACCAGCUCAUGAAGGAUUCCUGCCUGGUUACCUACAUAUCGGCAAGGCUGCCACGCAACCAGUAAGCGCCAGACAUGCGCGGUAUGCCGACAGCCUCCCGGAGCAUGCUGAUCCGGCGAUUUGGGCGCAUGAUUCUCUUACAUCGGUCAAAAGGGUGCACAAGCUGCUGCAGUGUACUGAAAGUCAUGGGCUUGGAGCCAACCGACGAGACUGUCGAACCCGACGUCUUCACGCGGGUACCGGGCCGUACGGUCUUGACUGGGGCGGCAUUUUCCUUCCGGCUCCUCGAGACGCAGACUCGGUCUUCCAUGAGCUGGCCACAUGA